ACAUGUUCUAGCCUACUCUCUGGCGAAUUUCUUUUGUAAUCUUUACUCUCUCAUAUUUUACGUGCUCAAUUCUUAGUAUUGGGGUGGAGCUUUCAAUAAAAACUAACAAUCCAACCGGAAAACAUGGCCGACGACGACAGCAGGCGUGGUGUAGCCAGUGUGGGCGAUGCCGACUCGGCUGAGCAAAGCACCAACAGCGGUGACACUCUACAGGCUGAAUCAAUUGCGUUGUCUGAUGACGUUGCAGUUGCCUGUCAACCGACUGAGGAGACACCAGAAGACAAGGCAACUCAAGUUUCUGCAGAGAUAUCCUCAAUUUCAAGGUGGUGACUUGCAUUUUGGGAAACCAAUACCAACUGUGCUAUAGAAAAGACUGAAGCAACAUCAAGCAUACCAGUAAAGAGGUCAUCUAUCUGUUCACACAAGACAUGCAACUUUUUGUAUCAACCAGACCAGUCCAACGAAACGCACACCAACGAAACGCACACCAACGAAACACACACCAACGAAAACGCAUAUCUUCAGACAAUAACUCUCGAUAGAUUAGCCAGGACAUUUUGUGUUAGUUGAUUCAUCGCGGAGGGUGUGCUGCCGGAAUGGAAGACGAUUGCAACCGUCCAAUCUCGUCGUCUUCGCCCAGGUCGACAACGCCUUCCGAUAUCGUCGAGCGUUGGGUCCAUCUUCAGCGGGAGAUGAAUCAACACACGUCGACGUCCGAAUCAUCGCCCGUCCAUCGCAUCCGGCCCAUAGUCAAAUCGUCUUCACGUCCAACCAAGAGCAGUCCCUACCGACAACAGCCCGUCGAGAGUUUGACGGUCAGUUUCGCUUCGUUACUCGUCGAUCAGAUCAACGGCUCACCUUCCAAAGCGACUUGUUCAUCCAGCACCAGCAAAAGAGGUAAGAACUACAAGAAAACCAAGAAGAAAUCUCGGUUCAACAACACCCCCACCGUCAAAAUUACAAUUCGCAACAACAAACCCGUCACCGAAAUUGAUCACGUUGAAGAGUGGCUACAACAACGGAGUGCUCAUUACGCCUGGUGGCGUAAAUUCGUCCCGUCCAACAGUGUCUGCGCCAAUCCGACUGUGGUGGCCUUUAAUCGACCCAGUUCCAGCACAUUUCCGGUCGUCACCAAGAGUUUGAGUGUCAACCAUUCGCAACCCAAACAGCCUAAAGCUCCUCGAUGCGUCUUGUGGUUCCAGUUUACUGGCAAUCCUUCGAAGCCACGCCCGAGCAGUUGCCACAAGACGCCGGUUUCAUCCGCCCGGAUGCACAGCAUCCGCAUCGAACAGCAACCGUUAGGCGGUGCCAACGCUCUAGUCUUCGUGGCCGAUUUGCGUAUCGGCGAAGACUUUGCCAUCGUUUCCCGACGUCAACCGGGAUUCACCUUCAGUCUGACUUUCUUCAUCGAUGGAGUCCGACACGCCCGACUCAGCGGCUGCUGCGAAAACGCCCGGAACAUCCAUGUGCCGACGCGAGUUGGCGGUCCGAUUGGAGCAUUUGUCUUGAGAUCUGUUCAAGGAGGAGAACAGUGUCAAGUGUGUGAGAAAUCGGCUCCUUUUGCCGACCCGGAAUUGUUCACCGUCUGGCCCAAAAGUCACCACAGGCAGUUCAUAAACAGCAGUCAAGAAUGCGGAAUAGAAAGGAGCCAGGAUAACCAACACUAUCCAUCGAGGAGACGCAGUUCGCUGAAACGGGCAAAGGCGAUGAGUGCGACGGAAUUGGCGGCGACCGUUUCCAGUCAAUCGGUGGACGACGAGCAGCCGUCCUCUGAUGUUCUCGGCCCAGGAUUCACGUCCAACGAAGACACUUACGAAGAGAAUUUUUAUUCGGAUGUUAUCGGGCCUUCCACCGAGGAAACGUGCCAGGAGCAACAAUCCUACGAAGUCACCGCCACCACUGGGUCCCAAUCCGAAGUCUACGAGGAGCAAAUUUCAUCAGACCUGUUCAUCCCUUUCGGUUCCGUUUCCAUAGAAGAAGUCUUCAGUAUCGGCAGCCCUUUAAGAACACCCCAUUCGAGUCCCCGAAGCUUUAUCGCCCUAGACUAAAAAUAAAUUAAAUUAAAUAAAUUAAAUUCAGUUAUGACGCUACCGACAUGUCAACCAUGUUUUGUUUCCUUUUUGGCAUUUGUGGUUAAUGUUAUCAACACAGACGUUGUAUUCGAUAUUCUGUACAAUUGGGUGAAGGAAUAAAGGUCCGAUCUUAGUAUAGAUAAUAAGUAGGCAGUUACAAGAAAUUCUGGUGA